AUCGCGCACGCUAGCAGACAUUAUGGACCCGCCGGAAGCACUGAACGACCAAGUAAUUUCAUCGCCGAGGGCAAGUAUGUGAUAGAGCUCGAGAGCUAAUUAUGGCCGCAGCUGUGAAUUUGCGAAGAAAAUAUGAACAAGUUGGUCGACUCAAGGUCAGCUGCCUGGGUUUUCAGUGCUUAUCGAUUGUCGCAUUCAUCUCGACGAUUAAUAUUGUCACAUUGUUGUCUUUUUUGCUAAUCGCCUAGUACAUAGUGCCAGUCAGGACUCCGUAACUACUCCUACGAAGGAUAUCGUGACAGUUCCUGAUCUGAUGUCGAUCUGGUGGACAUGCCUAUCAUCUCUCUCAACUAAAGCACGAUCAUCCCACUGUGCUUCUAUCGCGAAUAAAGGCACCCUCCUGCUAUAUUCUGGCGAGUUCCAGCCACGCAAGCCUGUUGAUGGAGAUGUUCACGUAUUUGAUCUGAACAACGCCAUCCAGCAAUCCGUAGCGGAUAAUGCUGGCUUGUGGCGCACCUUGUCCGCAUCGUUGAAGCCGGAGCCCCGAGUGGGCGCGACAACGGUGUUCGAUGGGGGAAAUCUGUACAUGUGGGGCGGAAGGGGGGGCAUUGAUAUGGCGCCUCUAGACCCCAAGCAGUCAGGCAUAUGGAAGGGGCAGAUAUUGCAAAAUGAGGUGAUAUGGGAGAGGCUGGAAGGUAUGGGCGACGAGCCCGUCACAAGAAGCUUCCAUGCUUCCGUCAUGGCUAAUGGACAAUUGUACAUCCAUGCGGGUUGUCCUGCUUCUGGUCGCCUCUCUACUCUUCAUUCUUAUGAUCUGCAAUCCUCUCGGUGGUCUCUCUGCGCAGAUGCUCCCGAUCCUGCGCGUGGUGGAACUGCUAUCGCUUCUGUAAAAAUUCCAAUGUCUUCCUCCGAUGAGGAGGUGAUCAUUCGAUUUGGUGGUUUCGCUGGGUACCAACUCCCCACCUCAACACCACCACCCUUGGAUAUUUACACACCGAGUACCAAUUCCUGGUCAACCGUUGUACCGUCUGGCGACCCGCAACAGGGAUAUCCCGGAGCGCGCUCUGUCCACGGUCUCGUUCCUCUUUCCACACUUGAUGGCACUGGAAUCGCAUUGCUAUACCACGGCGAGUGUGAGGCAUCCAACUUGGGCCAUGCGGGUGCCGGGAAAUUCUAUGAUGAUGCUUGGGCGCUGGUGUGGCACGAGGGUGCGCUAAGGUGGAAGAAGCUAAUCCUGGAAGGUGAUUCAACUCCGGAGGGCCGUGGCUGGAUCCCUUCAACGUCUUAUACCACCCCUGGAGGUAAUACUCGAGUAGUUCUCUCAGGUGGUCUCCUUAGUUCGAACGAGCGCAGUGGGGAAGUGUGGGUUGGCGAUGUCCAACUCUGAGCUCUGAUUUCAUUCCGAAAGGUACGUGCGCUCCGAAUCGUUCGAAAUAUACUUAUAGUUGUGAUAAGCAUGGGAGUUAUGACUCCACAAUUUCGUGUUUCUUCUCCAAGCCUUCAUUUCAGAAUAUUCAAAUUUGAAACUAUGAUUUAUCUUUUCUUUUGCUCUAGCGAAUCAGGUUGACUGCAAGUCUGGGCGUCCUUUGUAAACAAUAACUAACUCCCGUUUCAUACAACUUAAUGAUGAUCAAUGAUCGAUGAUCUCUGAA